AUGCUCAGCGGCCGCGCAUCCUCUUACAGCAGCAGUAGAAGCGGUAGCGGCAGGAGAUAUAGAGCCUCGGGUUACCCACCCUCUUCGACCUUUCCGUCCUUCACGAGCUACACAAACGGCACCACACCCUAUUCCUCUUCUUCGUCCACCUCCUCGCCAGCAUUAGCCUCGUCUCUGGGUCACCACCACGGGAACGAGCACAAGGCAGCGGCUGCUUCCACAUCUGCCAUCAUGUCGGACGGACAUUCGGAAACUAGUGAGACGCCCACACGGAAGCGUAUUGCUGUGGCGGUUCAAUCUAUGCAUCCUCACUCGAUCCAGGUGCAAACCACCUUGACUGACAUGCGUCACGCCAACGAGAGCGGAAGCUCUACAGCCCCAAACCCCCACCUGGAGGUCGGCUACAACAUGGAGGCUUCACGGGCUGCCGCCCAUCGGGGCUCCAUGCCACCCCUGCAGAUGCCUACUUAUGCCGUCGACCUCUCGGCCGAGGUCCCGUACCAGCCGAGACCAUCGUACUCGAACGGAUACGGCAGCCGUCCGACGGCGGCAGCGUCUUCGUCGUACUACGCCGCAGGCAGCGGCACCUGGAGCGGCUACUCCACCGAGGACGAGUACCAGACGGCCGCCCCGUACUAUGCGGGCGCCAUGGCUGACAUGUCGAGCUACGGCGCGUGGGGUGGCAGCAGCAGCGGGUCCACAUCUGGGACUAGGAGCAGCAGCAGGUCAGGACCAGCGGCUGGGAGCAUGUACGUGGAUCCAUCUGCCCCUGCCCUGCAUCAUAACCAUCAUCAUCAGCAUCCUCAUCAUCCUCACCACCUUUCUUCCCUGGUUCAUCGGCCUGCUCCUGCCAUCACUGUCUCGGCUGGUGCUGCUGCUGCUGCUGCUGCUGCUGCUGUGACAGCGCCGAUGCCGUCUGCGGCUCAUCUUGCGGCUCUCCCCGGUGUUUGCCAUCAGGGGCAGGGCAUCCAGCAGAGCUACUCUGCCAUUCAAUACCCUUACCCUCCAGCAGCCCCAGCGGGCGUGGUUGGCCACCAGUCCUGCAGCGUCGUCUACAUGCCGCAGCCCACGGCCCUCAGACUCGGCAGCAGUCACUUCACCCCCGACGCGCUGCCGCACGAGCGUCUCACCACAAGCCCUUCCAACUCCCCCUCCCCGCACUCCCAGCCCGCAGAUGCUGCUGCUCCCCCGGCUGCUCCUUAUUCGGUCCAGCACAUGGUCAAGACUGAAACCUCGGCGUCGCCGGGCCCAAACUCCAACCGGGCCUCGACCACCAGCCCAGCCUGCUCCUCGGGAACGCCGAGGACGAGCAUCGGCAGCGUCGGUGGCCAGGAGGAUCAGAGAAGCCGAGAAGGCGAGGUCAAAGAAGAUGAAGAAGAGCUUCAGCAGCAACAGCAGCAGCAGCAGCAGCAAGAGCACAAGCAGGACCGGGCAGACAACUCACCGACCGCCACCACCACCACCACCACCACCACCACCACCGGCAUGCCAGAAGUUGCUAACCACGUCCCCCACGCCAUCUUCAGUGACGCGAUGCACGGCCCCUCGAUGGCCGGCUACGAAUACGGCGACUCGGCCAACUCGUCGCCGUACCACGGCCACGCGGGCCCCUCGACCGCCGCGUCGGGCUCCAGCCCCGCUCCCGCCAGCCACAGACGCGGCAUUUCGUCGUCCAUGGCCGCCGGCAGCGCCUACGCUUCGCUGCCGACGCCCCCGCCGCCCAGCAGCAGCAGCCACCACCACCACCACCAUCAGCACCACUCUCACCAUGGGGCGGCGGCCACAGCCGGCCAUCACUCUGCCUACAAUUACUCGCACUACCAGGGCUCGGGAUACCACCACCACGCCGCCGCUGCUCCCGAGCACCACCACCAUGCUGCGGACCAUCAUCGCUCUCCGUUGGGACAGCGGCGUUAG